UCCAUGCACCUGCUGCAGGACUCGCCCACACACCAUGAAAGCUCUCCGUGGCGGCUACACUCUCCUGACUGGCUGCCUGGAGGAAGCCCAGCCCCUGCAGUGUGUCGAGACUGCUGAGCAGGAGGAGCCAGGCCGGGCAGGCGCGGGGGUGACAGCAUCACCCCCAGAGGAGCCCUACCAGCCGGUGCUGAAUGGAGAGAGCAACGUCCUGCAUGGAGGGCAGGUCCAGCAGCUGGCUCCCCACCUCCCGCCGAGAGUGACCGGGUACCCUUGGAACCUGCUCUACUGCACCGCCAGGGAUGGCUUUAGCCUGAAGAGCAUGUACAGGAGUAUGAACAAGCUGAGCUCUCCUGUGCUGCUGGUCAUCCGAGAUACCGACGGGCAGACGUUUGGAGCCUUCUCCUCCACCACCAUCCGACUCAGCAGCUGCUUUUAUGGGACAGGGGAGACUUUUCUCUUCUCCUUCUCCCCGGAGCUAAAGGUGUUUAAGUGGACAGGCAGCAACACUUUCUUCCUGAAAGGAGAUGCAGAUUUGCUAGUGAUUGGCGGGGGCAGUGGCAAAUUCGGCCUGUGGCUGGACGGGGACCUGUACCAUGGGGGAAGUCACCGAUGUGAGACAUUUGACAACGAAAUCCUGUCGCCCCAGGAGCAAUUCUUCAUUCGGGACCUGGAGGUUUGGGCCUUGACCUGAGCCCACCACACCGGGGCCCGUGGGAACUGACUGCUUUCGAAUGGACUCUGGCUGGGCCUGGCAGCUGUUCCUGGCACCCUUCCAGAGGGUGGAGCUCGGCCCCUCUUCCCCUUACGCACAGGGCUUUGCCAGCCUGUGCUCCUCUCCCCUCCCCAGCCCACACUCACGCUCCAGCGAGGGCAGCAGGGACGUUCCCACCCAUUUUCCCGUCAGUGCGCUCGCCGUGGGGGAUCAGAGCAGCCCCAGUGGAUGGCUCCCACAAGCGCUGGAUUUCAAUGCAAACGGAAUCUCACAGGCAACUGGGCAAUUUAAAAAUAAAAUUCCCAUGUGAAGCGACUGAGUGUUAGCAGCAGUGGAGCUGCCUGCUGGGACAUGCUCUGCCAGUCAGUGCCAUGAGCUUGGGAAGAGAGCUCAGCCGUUGUUCAGUGAAUGAGGCAAUCCCCCCUUCAAGGCAGAGAGAACAGGGGCAGCAUGAGGGUAUUGACAUGGGCUUGCUGGGCACUGCGAGCAUUUAGAGCUCCAUGAGAUGUGACGGCCAGGGCCCCUCCCCAUCCCUGCUCUCAGAGAAGCUUAUUGAAGUUAGGCCAAGACCAGUAUCGGUGGUGCCUGAAAAGCUACACAAAAGGGGCACAAGGAACACACGUUUUUCUGUUGCUUGUAAGGAGAUGGGCCUGAAUCAAAGCCCCAAUCCCAGCACCCCAAGUUGCAGGAGAGCUCAGGUCCAAACUCUGCCACUGCCUCCUGUCCCUGUAACAGGCCAAAACAAAUCCCACAGCAAAAUCCCUCCCGCAUCCUCCUCCCAUGAAGUCAUGGGGCAGUGCAGGGCCUGAGCAGAGCAUGGUGGCUCAGACCCAGCCUAAAGGCUGGCAUCAAUGCCCGGAGACUGCCACUGUGGACCCAGAGAGCCUGCAGCACUGAUGAGCUGUUGGCUUGAUAUGGCAUCAGACUUCUCACCACAGCCAGGGUGACUUGGAGCUAGCUGGAAACGGCAGCACUGCUUCCAGCCAGCUGUCUCCCAGCUGUGAACUCUGUUCAGACUCUGGAGGCUUAAAGCACAUGGGAUUCAGCAUUUGGAUCCCCUCACAGCAAGCUGAACCCCAAGAGAUGAGGAGUUGGUGGCUGUCAUGGACGUAGUCUAUCAAGGACUGUGUGGCUCCACAUAUUCAAACAUCAGAGUUGCUUUUAAAACUUGAAGAAAUAGGCAGAAGAAUCCAAAUCAAACCCUCUGGGAUCAGAGCAAGGGAAGCACAGAGAGGUUUACUGGGCAAUGAAAUGCAACACCUAGGGAAUGUGAUGAGGCCCCAUUACUGGAUACAUUCAACACUCUCAAAAGGAGCUUUGGUACUUAUGUAAAACCCCUUGGCAGAUUCCCAGUCCCUUUCUUAUCUGCCUAUUAGCAUCCCUUCCCCUCCAGUCUUCAAAUGCAAUCUUCAUGUCUAUAGGUCAAACAAUGUUCUCUACCAGUAGCAUAUGAUGGUAAAGUGUUGCUGGUUAUCUCCUCUGCAUUUAUAUCUUUACUUAUUACUGCCUUACAAUAGCUGAGAAUUUGAUGUCACUUUCAGACAUCAUGACAUUGUGACAGCAUUUCAGUAACAUCAUGCUAGGCACCGGUCUGCCACCUGGCUGCUCUGGGAACCUGCCACAUGUCUCAGCACAUGACACUGCUUCCUUGGCCUUCUGCUUAGCCUGAAUCCUUAUUUACCCUUUAUGGUGCCUUAAACCUGAAUUUGACUCCAAUCCAAAAUUAUUCCUGCUCUAUUAUAGGGACUGGGAAUAGAGCCAAUGCCUCUCGUCCAGCAUGAAGAUCUUCCAAAGCUAAAGGGGCCUCACAGCAAAUUGAUGGAAAAAGUCAUUCAAAAUUGGGCUCCCUUAUCUAACAGACUUGCUUUAGCUAUGAACUCUGUCCUUUUAAGAAUGCAUUUGGCAAUUUUCAUUUUAACUGUGCAUUAACUGUAGUAUUGAUUUUAAUACAAACAAUCCACGCUGCAAUUCCAUUAAAAAAGUUGUAUUAAAAUA